AUCCUGGGCAGCUGCCAUGGGAGCCCGCUCGCCUCUCCUCACUUCUCCUCGCCUCUCCUCCUCGCCUUGCCUCGCCAGGCCACCGCGCUGAGCUGAGCCAGCCCUGCGUGUGUGUGCAUGCGUAGGCGGGGGGGCUGCUGCAUGGAUUUAGCAAAGGCUGGGAGGGAACACAUGGGUUGGGUUUUUUUUCUCUUGGCCUGCGGUGGCUGUCUGUCCUGCCGGCCGUGGUUAUGGAUUCGAUCAUUAUUCAGGAGCGGUUAGUGGAGCGGCUGCUUUCUCCCCGGACACAGGCACAGCGAAACCACCCAGCCAAGCUGAAGGACCAUGAGAAGCAGUACGUGGGCUUUGCCACUCUGCCAAACCAGGUCCACCGGAAAUCUGUGAAGAAGGGUUUCGACUUCACCCUGAUGGUCGCAGGAGAGUCGGGUCUGGGCAAAUCCACGCUGGUGAAUAGCCUGUUCCUGACAGACCUCUACAAAGACAGAAAGCUCCUCAACGCAGAGGAGAGAAUCAACCAAACAGUGGAGAUUGUCAAGCACACGGUGGACAUUGAGGAGAAGGGUGUCAAGCUGAAGCUGACCAUAGUGGACACACCAGGCUUUGGAGAUGCUGUUAACAACACUGAGUGCUGGAAGCCCAUCACUGACUACAUCGACCAGCAGUUUGAACAGUAUUUCCGUGAUGAGAGCGGCUUGAAUCGGAAGAACAUCCAGGACAACCGCGUGCAUUGCUGCCUCUACUUCAUCUCGCCCUUUGGGCAUGGGCUGAGGCCUGUGGAUGUUGAGUUCAUGAAGGCUCUUCAUGAGAAGGUCAACAUUGUGCCCCUGAUUGCCAAAGCCGACUGCCUGAUCCCCUCUGAGAUCCGGAAACUAAAAGAGAGGAUCCGGGAAGAGAUUGACAAAUUUGGCAUUAAAGUGUACCAGUUUCCUGAGUGUGAUUCUGAUGAAGAUGAGGAGUUCAAGCAGCAAGACAGAGAGCUGAAGGAGAGUGCUCCCUUUGCCGUCAUUGGCAGUAACACUGUGGUGGAAGCGAAAGGCCAACGAGUCCGUGGACGGCUCUACCCCUGGGGCAUUGUGGAAGUGGAAAACCAGGCACACUGCGACUUUGUGAAGCUGCGGAACAUGCUGAUCCGGACACACAUGCACGACCUGAAGGAUGUCACUUGCGAUGUCCACUAUGAGAACUACAGAGCUCAGUGCAUCCAGCAAAUGACUAGCAAGCUGACUCAGGACAACAGGAUAGAAAGCCCGAUUCCUAUCCUGCCUCUCCCAACACCAGACACUGAGACAGAGAAGCUGAUCAAAAUGAAGGAUGAGGAGUUACGGCGGAUGCAAGAGAUGCUGCAGAAGAUGCAGCAGCAGAUGCAGGAUCAGUGAGAGUCAGGUACUCGGAGGGCAGAGGGAAUUCUCCAGUGACCAUCUGAGGCCUGGCAAGAGCUGUGGACAUUUAGAAAAGGUUUCCCAUUGCAUAGGGACUUGUGGGCAAGAGCUGGACCCACACCCUCUAAUUUAUUAGCAGCAGUGCUGGCUUUGUGGUCAGCUGGAUUGUGGAGGAAGCUGUUCACUUAACAGUUUACUGAUGUGUAUUUCUUUUUUAAUGAUUAUUCUUUCUUUUCUUUUUUCCUUUUUUUUUUUUUUUUUUUCUUUUUUUCUAAAGAAAAUAGCCUGGGAAGUCCCUAAGGCAUCCUAAAAAAGAAAAGAAAAAGAUCUCCCUUUCUCAUGUACUAAUCUCUUGUUUGGGAAUGCUCUGGUAUUUAGAGUCCUGGUUUCUCUGGUGUACAAACUUGAAGACUGUCUGUGUCAAUGCACGUAAAUGUUUACUCCCAACUGAGGUGCUGUGUCCCCCUCCUCAUUCCCCUUGUCUGGGGGCAGCACAAGCAUUGUAAAGGCAGCCGUACCCUCCUGUGAGUUUGACCUGCACUACUCUGGCUCCUCAGCCUGGGGCCAGCUCUGGCCCAGAGAGAUAGGGCUGGGAGUUUUUCUGUGCACUGACCUUCUCAGGGGACCUGAUCGUUGCCUGGUUUCAUGCCUGGGCUUUUCUGGGUUUUUUAGUUGGUUGGUUUUGGUUUUCCUAUCAAGAAACUCCAGGAUCUUUGCACUGAGCAGCAAGGGACUGAGUCUGUUGAGGUCAGUUAGAAGAAAACAUCUAAUGCUCUCAGUUAUGUCUUUCUGGCAGAGAGGAUGAGUUGUUGACUAUUUCCUGCAAGGAGGAGAUGAUGGGAGUGACCACCUUCCCAGCCAUGGUUUCCUCCCAUGGCAGGCUAGAAUUGUUGGCAGAGGAACCCCAGGGCCCUGCAGUAGCUGGGUGAGGGUAUCUCAUGGUUUAGCUCUGGUCAUCCAGCUGCAGCGUGUCUCCACUGUCUGCUCCGAAAAGCUCCAUGGCAGCCAGAGUGUCUGCUUUGCAGCCAGUGUCUGCUGGUGGGUCUGCUCUGACGGGGUAGAAACUAGGGCUGAAACUCAACCCCAAAUGCAGAGCUGUGCCCUACUCCCAGGCUUCCUGGUCCCACAAGUACAUUGCUGGGUCUGAGUUUCUCCUGGGGAAAGGGACAGUUUCUGUAGGCUUGUACCAGAGAUCUGCAGGCUGUCUGUCCAGGCAGGGCUUGGGUCAGCGUGGCAGGUGCAGAAGUGUCACUGCAUGGGGCUGAGCCCAGCCCAGCAGAAUUUGUCACUUGCUCCCCUGCCCUUCCCCUGGGACUCAGCCCUUCCCUCCCUCCCUGGUCUGUGGCUCUUCCUGCUGGGAAGGCUGGUAGAUCUGCUGGGCAGAGAUAAGAGCACUCUUUGGGCAGCAACUUCUGUCCUGUUCUUGCUUCCUGCAGUAUUUUUAAGUUUAGUACAUCCAGAGCAGAGCCCCGGAGUGUGAUGCGCCUGACAGGACAGGCCUCACCAGCAACACUGCCAUGCUCACAGGGAAUCGGCGCUGUUGGAGGGAAGAGAUGGUUAGCUCUUCCCUCCAACUUCAGGGAGUGCUGCCAUGGGCUGGGCCCUUCUGCUCCUCUGGCUCCCACCCCAAUUCCUCUGUCCCCUUUCCCCUUUUGUAUCUGCUCCUCCAUCUCUGGCUCUCCCUAGUAGAUCUCCUUGGGUAGGAAGCAUAGUGUUGGCCAGGAAUAGCCAGGCUCUAAAUUCUCUUAUUAGGCACUGUGUUUGUCUGAUUCCCCUGGGGGCUUUAGAGUCCUGAUCAGGGCUUGUCCAGGUGGUAAGUAGGUUGGCUGGUUCCAGUUACUCACUGUACAGAGCCUCUGCUUAGCCAGAACAUGUGCUGUAGGGGCAGGGAAGAGACCCUGACACAGUAUGGAAAGACAAAGUGAGGGUGGAAGCCCCUUGACAGAAAUGUGCAAGCUGGGCAAGAGCAGUGUCUAACAAUGUUGGGGUUUUUUCUUUCAUUUUACCCUAUAUUGGGUUUGUAAGUGACAGUGGCAGAGCCAGCCUAGGAGAGGGCAAGGGUUCAUCUUGUUUUCAUUAACAUGCAGGACCAAGGUGCUUAAGGAGGAAAUAAAACCUUUAUUUCUGUGAUGUGCUUACUUGAGCAGUGGAGUAGCCUGAAACAGGAGCUUCCUUCAGGUUUUCUGGAGCUGGUUUGCUGCUGUCCAAAGCAGGAGGACUGCCGAGUUCUCCAUUUUAUCUGUACUAGCAUAAUGGGAAACACCUUGCAGAGAAACACCUGUCCCUCUUUUCUUACACUAGUCUUGCGUGUGAGGAGGAUGUUUUGUUGGAAAUGAGUCCUGUCCAACUGGAGAAGAUAAAGGAGACCUUUACCCUUUAGCAUGGACAUAAAGGAGCUGACAGCUUCUAUCCUGGGAUGUGUGUGGAAGUGCUGUGUGCUGGUGAGAGCACAGGGUAUGCUGGUCACAGACAGGCAGGAUUGCUGAUGGUGAAUUGGCCCCUGUCCUUCAGGGUGAGUAAGUCUCCAUCAGCUCAGUGCACAUGGCUCCUACAUCAAGUCAAUAGUCACAAGCCCGUCAACUACAAAGAGCUGAAGCCUUUGGCUACCGGCUGGCAAAGAUGGUUGAAGUUGCACUGCAAAAAAGCCACGCACGAGUGAGGCACCAGAGAGGUGGCUCCUACAGGGGGGCAGUGGUGCUGCUGCAGUCACAUCCCUGUGUAGGAGGUUCCCUGCCCAGAGCACCAGAGCUUGGGGGCUGCCUGGAAAGGGAUUAGAGACUGACUUUGAGGGACACUAGGGAUUUAGACUCUGGCCUGGAAGGUGGCAUCUGUUUAUUAAAGGAGUAUUUUGUACUGCUGCAUUGAGCUGUACAGUAAGUGGAGAAGAGACUCCUGAACAAAUGUAGCUUGGCCAUUUGGCUCUGGCAGUGAGAAGUGUGGAUAGAAAAGUAAUUUAACACCUCCCCUCACGCAACCCUCCACAGCCUCAUGCCGCCCCUGUGCCCCCAGGCACAUUCUCACGCCUCUGUCAAGCUUUGCCCUGCUGAGUGAGUCGCUGCAGGGAUGGUGUCCUGCUCUGCAGAGCUAUCCCAGGCUGCAGCUGGGGCUGUCAGUACAACAUCUUGGACCUUGUGCCCGACUGGGGAUGGAGCUGUGGCAUGAACUUGUGUGCCGUGGCUGUGCUGGUCCUGUCUGUGCAGUCCUUGCUGCCACACCACCUGCAUCCCCCCAGAGAAGGAGGGGGUCCCACUCCUCAUGCUCUGCGAUGGCAUUCCCUGCUCCUCCUCACCACCUCUGCUGUGCUUUAACACUGGCUUGCUCCUGCCAUGCAACUUCCUUACCCCCUGCUCCAUUCCUAGGCUCUUUGUUUCCUGUCCAUCUGUUGGGUUAUUAUAAUAUAUAUUUUUUUGUAAAUUUCUGUUUGAACAUUUUGUCAUUGUGAACAAAGAAAAAUGAAACCUUUUAAAACAUAUCCAUUUUAUUAAAUGA